AUGCCUCCGGAACUGUCGAAAGAGGAGUCAUCUUCUUCGAGUCCGACCUCAGAAACUGCCCAUUCCUCGAGUAAUUCUGUCCAAACAAGUCUAGACCGUGCACAUGUCAAUGAACCCAAAAAUGCUGGCUCAGGAACAGAUUCUCCAUCAGAAGCUCAAAAUCUGUUUCAAAGCGUGUUGGCUCAAUUCUGGCAAAGAAUCCGAUCACCAGAAGCUACAGAUCAGCCACAGCCGCUGGGACUGGUGGUCAUUAUGGGCUCCUCCUACCAGGGUACGUUGACUCUGCCACAUAUCACUGAGGCUAUCCAGAGACGGAUUUGGUUCACAUACAGAACAGGUUUCGAGCCUAUCCCGAAGGCAGAAGAUGGGCCCAGUCCACUUUCAUUCAUUGGGUCCAUGAUUGUGCAUGGAGCAAACCCACACGGAACCAUUUCUGGGUUAUUUGACAACUCUAACUUCACCUCUGACGUUGGCUGGGGGUGUAUGAUACGAACGGCUCAAUGCUUGCUUGCCAAUACGCUUCAGACUGUGCUAGUGAAAGGUGCCGUGAAGGAGGGCAAAAUGCCCGAUUGGAAUGCUGUAAACUCCCAUGUGAUCUCCUUGUUUAAAGAUACCUACAAGACCCCGUACUCUUUGCACAACUUUGUCAGGGUUGCCUCGCAUCUGCCAUUGAAGGUGAAGCCAGGGCAGUGGUUCGGUCCCAGCGCUGCAUCAUUAUCAAUCAAACGACUCUCUUGCGCAGCAAACCAGAGAGGCAAUAUUUCCCCGGAAUUGAGUGUCAUGAUUUGCGAGAGCUGUGAUCUACAUGAUGACGAAGUUAAGCACGUGUUUGAGCAAAGCGGAAGACCACUUCUUUUGCUCUUCCCCAUACGACUCGGUAUUGAGACCAUAAACUCAAUCUACUAUCCCAGCUUGUUCCAGCUCCUAUCCCUUCGCAAUUCUAUGGGUAUCGCCGGAGGAAAACCGUCCUCCAGCUUCUAUUUUUUUGGUUACCAAGACCAACUGCUUCUAUACUUGGACCCUCACACUUCACAGCAUAUCGAUCAAACUAAUGGCUCAUAUAAGCCCGCCACUUGCAGCACAGUACACAUAUCAGGGCUAGACCCUUCCAUGGUUGUUGGUCUUCUUGUUGAAUCUUAUCAGGACUAUGAGGAGCUCAAAGCAAAACUCAAGGAUGCCAAUAAAAUAGUUCACUUUCAUGAACGUGCACCUGCAAGAAAGUCCGCCUCAGUGCCCGUGCAAGACAGAAGUAUGGAACAUGUGGAAUCAGAACGCGACAGCAUAGAAGAUUUGGGUGAUUUUGUUGAUCUUGGAGAUGAUAUUGCUGACCCAAUUUCUGAAGCAGAGUUUGGCAAUGAUUCCUUUGAUCCUUCUAGCUCAUUUGUUGCAAAAUAUGAUGUUGUCGAUGGUCCGUCCCCAGUAACAGUUCUUGAUGACGAGGAAGAGGCGUAA